AUGUUAUUUAUAUUAAUUGCUAUAGUAUUAUCUAAAGAAGAUUAAACAAUAAGGAUUGGAUAGAGUUGUGCAACUAAAUUAACUGGGUAUUUUUGGAAUAACUAAUAAUGUGUCUAAUGUAAAUAACCCUCUUGUAAAUGUUCAGAAUCAAGAGGAUGUGAUUCAUGUUUGAAUUCAUAUUAUUAUGAUUCAACAAUCAAAACUUGUACUCCUUGUCCUAAAGGAUGUUUAAAAUGCUGUAAAUCUCAUGAAAUGACUUAAUUCAUUUGUACUCUCUGCCAAGAUGGUUAUAUUAUGAUUAAUGGAGUAUGUCUAUAUGUUCAUGCAUGCAGUAGAAUAUCUAUUCAUGGCAGAUGUUAAAAAUGCUUCGAUUAACACUUUCUUUAAGAAACAUGUUAACCUUGUCCAAAUGGAUGCUCUUCUUGUGAUUCAUAAUAUUAUUGUACUAGUUGUUUAGAUGGUUAUUAUAUGGCUAUUGAUCAAUAAAGUCUCACUUGCUUAACUUGUAAUCAAGAAAAUUAAUAAGGAUGCAAGUCGUGUCAAUUAGAAGAUUAAAAAAUAGUUUGUUAAAGUUGUCUAGAAACUUAUUAUUUUGAUCAAGAAAAUGAUUUGUGUCUCAAAUGUCCAACAGGAUGUUUCACCUGUCAAAACCCUAAUUAAUAACCAUAAAUAUGCUAUUCUUGUUUAACUGGUUAUUUAUUAGCUGCAGAUGAUUCAUAUUGUGAAAAUUGUUAAGAUUAAAUUAAAAAUUGUAUGAAAUGUACUACUAAUGAAAAGGGCAAUAAUUUUCUUUGUAUUGAUUGCUACAAUGGAUAUUAUUUGGCUUCAGAUUCUAGAUCCUGUAUUGCUUGUGAUAAUGGUACUAAUAACUUUAGAAGAUGUAAUUCUGAAUCUCUACCUACUCAAUGUAAUGUAGGGUAUUUACUUUUUCAAGAUUCAUAAUAAUAUUAAUGUGUUAAAAAUUCUAAUAAUUGUUACACCAUUGAUAAUUUCUAAGGUUAAUGUUCGGAUUGUAAUUUUGGAUUUAAUGUAGUUUUUGAUUUAGCUUUGUAAAUUAAAGUAUGCAAAAAUUGUACAUUAAAUAUUCCUUAAUGUAUUACUUGUGGUGCUGAUAAUAAUAAUUAACUCAUCUGUAAAGAAUGUUAAAAUGGCUAUUUCGGAAAUCUAUGUGCACCUUGCACUUCUAACUGUUAAACAUGUUUAAGUGAAACACUUUGUUAAACAUGCCUUUCUGGAUAUUAUUUAGAUGAUUCAAACUAAUGUCAAAGCUGCUAAAUAAGCUUUUGCAUUUAAUGUUCAGCUUUGAAAACUUGCACUAAAUGUUAAUUAAAUUAUGGCCUUUUUGACGCCAUUUGUAAACCCUGUUUAACAGGUUGUGAAAAUUGUGAUGGCAAUCUUGAUGAAUGUAAUAAAUGUAGUGAAAAAUAUUAUUUGACCCCAGUUGAUAAUAAUUGCAAAAGAUUUAAAGAAAAUUGUCUUGCUACAAAUAUCAAUGGUUAUUGUUAUCUUUGUGAAACUAAAAUAGAAUAUGAUUAAGCUCAAGAUCUCUUCUAUGAUGAGAAUGCAGAACUUCCAAUAUUCAAAGAAUAAUCAGAUAGUUAAUUUUUUAUUAGCAAUAAUGGAUACUGUUUAAGUUGCAAUGAUUAUAUAACUGGAACUUUUAACUGUCCAUAAAUAUGCAAAGUAGAUGAAGAAUUUACAUCAAGUCUUUCAGUUUUCUUUUUAAUUUUAUUAAUAUUAUAAUGA